CUCCCUAUAAAUACCCACCCACCAUGCCCAGCCAUCUCCGCAUCAGUUCAUCCGCAAAAACUUGUAAUUAACCGCGCGCAUUCCGCCCACCGAUCCGUCCUCUUAGCUAGCUGCGAAAGAAUUUCAAGAAUAUGGGUUCGGUGAGUCGCGCCUCCUUGGAUCAGAAGCUUGCAAUGGCUAAACGCUGCUCCCGCGAGGGAGUGAUGGCCGGGGCAAAAGCAGCAGUCGUCGCGAGCAUUGCAACUGCCAUUCCCACUCUGGCUAGUGUGAAAAUGCUGCCAUGGGCGAGGUCCAACCUUAAUCCCACGGCUCAGGCGCUCAUCAUCUCUUCAGUUGCUGGAGCAGCCUACUUCAUCGUGGCGGACAAGACAUUCUGGCGUCGGCCAGGAGUGAUCUCCGCGCUCUCUCCCUCGCCGGCGCCGUGCCCUUUCCGCAUCCUCUCCCUGGCGACGGCCAGAAAGAACUCCUUCCAGGCGGCUCAACAAGCUGCAGCCAAUAACAACCUCAAGCCUUGAUCACCAACACCAGCAGCCAUCCAUCCAUCCAUCCAUCCAUCCAUCCAUCCAAUCGGACGUUAUUAAUGUUCCUACGCACGCACGCACGCACCUGCCUAGCUACUACAUAUAUAUAUAUAUAUAUAGUAAUACAUAGUAAGUAAUCUCCGCGCAUGCAUGGGAACCUCGCUAGACAUGAGAUCUCGCAUUUGCAUAUGUAAUCUUUUGCGAAUGAUCAACGACGACGUACUGUGUGUAUGGAGUUAAUCAAUCAGAUCGAUGUUUUAAAUAAGAAACAGUGGAGCGACAUUGUUCGUGAUGCCUUUUUUCCUUUCUUA